AAAGACUGAACUGAAGAUCUGAACUUCACAACAAAGUUUCCUCAUUAGCUGUUGGGUUGUUGUUUUUUUAUUUUAUUUAUUUGUAUCGCUGCAGAAUGCACACCGGACCUCUAAGUGUGUCUCCUAACAUGGCACUAGAGGUCUGGGGCCAGAUGUAAUGGCCAAACUCAGGACCAGGUGGCUUCUGUCCAUCUUGCUGGUCAACCUGAAGAAUUGUUCUGCUCCAGGUCCUCCUGCUGCUCCUUCUCGCCCUUACUGUUUUAUCCCAUGUGGUGAGAGAAACAACUGUGUAGAUAUCCACUGUAGCUGGGACACCAGGCCGGACCCUCUGACCCCCACCAACUACAGCCUGCACUGGGAGCCGGCUAACACCGAAGAGGGUCAUGUGAUCAAUGGGACCAGUGAGAGUGGGAUCAUCCAUCGGGAACACUUCAGCCAUGGAGAACUUCAUGUCUGGGUCCAGGCUAAGAACCAGCACGGUUCUACCAGAUCUCAGAAGGCUGUGUUCCAUACUGAAGAUAUCAUGAAGCCGUCCCCUCCUAACGUCUCGUCGAGCUCUCUGGAGUCUCUGGAGAUCGACUGGAUCUCCUCCUGUGAUGAGCUGCAGCCCUGUGACGUCCGCCACCGCCACCAGGCAGAACAACACUGGAUUGAGGCCAAAGACGUUCUUCAUGGCAGCUACGCGGUGGACAGUCCCAAACCCUGCACACUCUACCAGUUCCAGGUUCGCUGCUCCUGUGCAAAAAGUUUGCGUAGCGACUGGAGCGCCACUCACACAAUACUCAGCACUGAAACAGCCCUGGUUGGAGCUCUGGAUGUGUGGCUGGACUGUGGCAUCUCACACACAAACUCUGACUGUGUUCUCACCUGGAAGAAGCUUCCUCCGUCUCAGGCCUGUGGAGUGUUUCUGGGAUAUGAAGUCCUGCUCUCCUUCAGUGACGGCGUCACAGAGUGGGUGAACAUGUCCUCCACUGAGCCAGCGGGCCUCUUGGUCUGUGAGGAGAUGCAGUGCUACUUCAACCGCUCUCUGAAGCUCGUAGCUUCAGUCAGUGUGGCGGCCUUCAACGCUGACAGCUCCACAGAACCUUCUCACCUCACGCUCACAGCUACAGGUAAAGAAAGAAACGAUCAACCGAUCCAGCUCCAGAUGACUGAAGAGAGCCUGAAUGUGUCCUGGGAUGGUGGUCCCUCUCUGCGCUCUGAGGACCUGAAGGAAUACGUGGUUCAAUACAAACAGGCAGGAAGUCUUCUGGGCCGAAGAUUUCACUGGCUCAGAGUCAACACCAGCCAAACAACAGCCACUUUUACAGGUGAAUAUAAGAAGUACACUCCCUACCAGGUGUCAUUGUUCUCUGUCUCACACACCAGAGAAGUCCAUCACCUGUCUUCACUUAUUGGAUAUUCAGUUCAAGGAACCCCCUCCACGGUGCCGGCGUUGAAGGUGUCGUCCAUCGGUUCCUCUCAUGUGAUCCUGUUCUGGGAGCCUGUUCCUCUCUCCGGGCAGAACGGCCUGAUCCUCUACUACCAAGUCAUAGUGGACAGUGGAAAGAAACAAAACGUGUACAAUGUGAGUGCGUCCCCGCAGCACCAGAACACGACCUACGAGCUGCAGCAUCUCAGCCCGGAGCAGGACUACGAGGUCCGGGUCCGAGCGGUGACGGCGGCCGGUCCUGGACCAAACGCCACCGCAGAGUUCAGGACCAGUCACGGCGAAUAUUUUGCGUUCCUCCUACCAGCCGUUCUUGGAAUCCUUUCUGUGGUGGUUUUAUGUGCUGCUGCUGCUUUAUACUGUGCUCUGUGUGAAGAAAACAAAGCGUGUCCUCUGUUUUUCUGGGAGAAAGUGCCGGAUGCCAGCAACAGCCAGAUUUUAAAACAUAUGAAGAACCAGAUCAACGACCCCUUGGCUUGGAUCUCCAUUCCCGUCUAUGAGCCUCAUCCAAAGAUCUCCUUGCUGGAGGUGCUGGAGGCUCCGCCCUCAGCUCCCAGCUCCUCCCCGAGGAGAACCUCCGACCCCGACGGGUCGACUCGUCCUCUGGUCAGAGACUCCCCGACGGAGGACCAGAGGGAGGACGCCGUCUCAGGGGAGAGUCACAGGACAGACCGCAGAUAUGGAAGAGAGGAGUACAGCAAAAUGUUGGACUCUGAUGAGGAGCGGGACCGGGAGGACGGGUGGAGCUCCACGGAGGAGGAGCAGUCGCCGUCAGGCUAUGAGAAGCACUUCAUGCCCACGGCUUAUGAAGUACAGGUGGUUUGAUGUGUUGCAACAUCCACAUUCACCUCAAAUGUGGAUGUUUUUUGUAAUGUGCAGAAAAUUUGAAAUGUGGUUUUUAGAUAAUAACGCUCCGGACAGGCUUCUGUCGAUGUGAAAAUGAUCAACAAAGAAACAAAUUGACCAAAAAUAGAUGCAAAAAUGACACAAAAUGGCCAAAAAUAGAUGCAAAAAUGACACAAAAUGGCCAAAAAUAGAUGCAAAAAUGACGCAAAAAUUAUUGUAAAAAUGAUCAAAAAAGAAACAAAUUGACCAAAAAUAGAUGUAAAAAUGAUUAAAAAAGACACAAAAUGGCCAAAAAUAGAUGCAAAAAUGACACAAAAGUAUCGAAAUAGAAACAAAUUGACCAAAAAUAGAUGCAAAAAUGAUCAAAAGAGACACAAAAUGACCCAAAAUAGAUGUAAAAUGAUCAAAAAAGAAACUAAAUGAGCAAAAAUAGAUGCAAAAAUGAUCAAAAAAAGACACAAAACGAUCAAAAAUAGAUGCAAAAAUGACCAAAAAAUGAAACAAAAUUAUCGAAGUAGAAACAGAUUGACCAAAAAUAGAUGUAAAAAUGAUCAAAAAAGACACAAAAUGGUCAAAAAUAGAUGCAAAAAUGACACAAAAGUAUCGAAAUAGAAACAAAUUGACUAAAAAUAGAUUUAAAAAUUAUCAAAAAAGACACAAAAUGGGCAAAAAUAGAUGCAAAAGUGACACAAAAUUAUCGAAAUAGAAAUAAAUUGACCAAAAAUGUAUGCAAAAAUGGCCGAAAAGACACAAAAUUACACAAAAAUGCUUGUGUAGCCUUUUUCUGCAGGACAGAGGAAGGCAGACUCAGGUCAUUGGAGAGAUUUGCCUUUACACGAGGACGCUUACAGGACAAACGACAAAUAUUUUAUGUGAAGUGCCUUUCGUUUAGACGGUGAUGGCGUUUUUAGGGCUUAAAAACACAAAAAUGUGAAACCAGCCUCAAACAUAUUUCAAAUUAUUCGUCAAAAACACGCCAAAAAAUCUCCCCAAUGUUACCCUAUGGAGAGGCUAGAGUGAUGACAUCAUCGCUAGACUGCAGAGGGAGAGAAAAAUGUGUCAAAAAAUAAAUUUGUAAACUGCGUUUGAGGCCUCAGAUACCACUCUACAGAAAUAAUUUAUAGAUAUAAACGUAGUAAAAUGUGUCUCCUCCCUCUCAUUGGUGUGGUAAAGCUGUCAGAGUUCUAGUUUGGGCGUAGGACGCACAGAUGCGUACUUUUGUCAGUAAAAAACAAAACGAAUCUAAGCUCAAAAUAGGGAAAUUUCACCAAAAUCACUUCAUUCUGUCUCUAAACCAUCGUUGGGUUUUCACAUUUCUGACGGUCCGAGAAAAAAGCCAACCCAGUGAUCAAAAAUUCCAUCAAGAAAAAUAACAAAAUCUUUCAACUUUUAACUUGAAAAAACACAAUAAAAGUCCAGAUUAACAAGUUCUAAGUCGUUGCAGAUAUUUAAAAAGUGUGUGUGAAUCAUUUCAUCUCCUGAAUCAACUGAAAACGAUCUUUGUUCCCCAAUAAAUCGACAUUUAAUUCUUUGUUAGAGUCUGACAGCAUCCAGUCAAACCAACAUAACACGUAAAUAAUCACUCAUUGACUCCUACGGGACAUUUAGAGUGGGCGUAUGACGCACAGAUGAUCCACCAACACCACCUCAAAGGCCGCCAUGGGAAAAAGGCGGGAAAAUUUCUGUAGGAAAGCUGAGCUACCAGUUUCUUCUGAUCGCUCUAAAAAAACAAUUUCUUCAUUUUUCUUCACAAAACACAUAUGUAGACGUUCAGGAAGAACUCAGGAUGCUCAAAGUGAAGUCGGAUCAAUGAUAGGAAUUAUGGUUUUGCCAAAAAUGCUUUCAGUUCGAGGGGCAAUUUUCACCUGUUUCCACCUCUCACAGUGGCGUCAAAUUCUACAGCAGCAGUUGAUUUCAGUUGAUUGCUCUGCUCUGAUUGGUGGAUGCCACCUGGCCCUGGUUGCUUAGCUACCAAAGCCUGCGGAAAGUCUUCUUAAAGUCUUUUAAAGAAAGUUUGUUUGUCUCUGAGAGCAGCUGCUUGGAGACUUCAGGAAACAUGAAUAAUCUCCGUUCUGAUGGCUGCCUUCUCAUUUAAUGGAACUAUCUGUCACUUUGCUUGUGGUGCUCAAAACAACAAAAACAUUUAUCUGAAAUACUCAACGGCAAUGUUUACCUCCGCAAAGCAUGACCUCAUUAUUUAAGACAAUCAACAGACGGUGUUGUGACCAGAACUAGUAAAACUCCUACACAGAAUUGUAGAUAUUUUUAGUUAGUUUUAUUUAGGUUGAACUGCUAUUUUGGUCCAAAUGUAAAUGUAAAUGUUAAGAUAUCAAGUGCUAUUUCAUAUAUUCUCUGUUUAGGUAAAUACAUUUUUUUUUUUACAUUAUCUCAGCUUAAAUUGUAUAUUUUGAUAAGUAAAAUGUACAUAUGUAAUAAAAUAAACAGUUUUAU